AUGCCCUCUGAUAAGUCUAUUGGAGCAUGUGAUGACGCGUUUAAUACCUUUUUCAGUGAAACUGGGAGUGGAAAGCAUGUUCCCCGAGCAAUUUUCAUUGACCUUGAGCCAACUGUAAUUGACGAGGUCCGAACCGGCACAUACCGACAGCUGUUCCAUCCCGAGCAAUUAAUUUGUGGUAAAGAAGACGCAGCUAACAAUUACGCUAGGGGUCACUACACUGUGGGAAAGGAAGUGAUAGACCUUGUUCUUGACCGUACCCGUAAAAUUGCCGACCAAUGUACCGGUCUUCAGGGUUUCCUCAUUUUUCACUCGUUUGGUGGGGGAACAGGAUCUGGAUUUACCUCACUGCUGAUGGAAAGACUGAGCUGCGAAUAUGGAAAGAAAUCGAAGUUAGAGUUUUCGGUUUACCCUGCCCCCACAAUUUCAACUGCAGUUGUUGAACCGUAUAACGCCAUUCUUACAACCCACACAACCCUUGAGCAUUCUGAUUGUGCAUUCAUGGUUGAUAAUGAAGCCAUUUUUGAUAUUUGCCGCCGAAAUCUGGAUAUUCAACGCCCAACUUACACCAACCUUAAUCGAUUGAUAAGUCAGAUUGUGAGUUCGAUUACUGCAUCUCUGCGUUUUGAUGGAGCCCUAAAUGUUGACCUGACCGAAUUUCAAACGAACCUUGUGCCAUAUCCCAGAAUUCACUUUCCAUUGGCAACAUAUGCUCCCAUUAUUUCGGCUGAGAAGGCUCAUCAUGAACAGAUGAGCGUCGCAGAGAUUACAAACGCCUGCUUUGAUCCUGCGAAUCAAAUGGUAAAAUGUGAUCCUCGCCGGGGCAAGUACAUGGCUUGCUGCUUACUAUACCGUGGAGAUGUCGUACCAAAAGAUGCAAAUUCUGCUAUCGCUUCAAUUAAAACUAAGAAAAACAUUCAAUUUGUUGACUGGAUUAAAACAGGCUUUAAGAUUGGAAUAAAUUACCAACCACCCACGGUAGUGCCAGGUGGUGACCUGGCUAAAGUAAAGAGAGCCCUGUGUAUGCUAAGCAACACGUCUGCUAUUGCUGAGGCAUGGGCUAAUCUCGAUCACAAGUUUGAUCUAAUGUUUGCAAAGCGUGCAUUUGUUCACUGGUACGUUGGUGAGGGAAUGGAGGAGGGUGAAUUUGCGGAAGCCCGUGAAGAUCUGGCUGCUCUUGAAAAAGAUUAUGAGGAAGUUGGUUUGGAUAGUGCCGACGUUGAGGAUGAAAAUGAGGAGGAGUACUAG